UUGGAGAAAUUGUUGAGUUCAACCAGAAUUUAAAUAUAAAAAUGUGAGGAUUUGGAAUGCCGUUUGUUUGCACUUGAACUGAAUAUCAAAACAAAUGUCAUCAUGCAGAACCUGAAGUGAGGACGACCACUAAUUUAGGUGAACAGGAGACUUUCAGAGAGACUGAAAGUCAAGUCAAGUGCUCUUUUUGUCAAAGCAAAUCUUCUUCUGGCCAAGAUCUUCCAAGCAAGAUUCACUCUAGAAAUGAGGCUUCAAGAAUUCUCCAGUUUGAGUCUGAGAUCAUUCAGAGAUGUGAGCCUGAAUUUGCAACUGUGACUGCAAAACAAUUGCACACAUUAAAUGAAGGAUUUCAAGCAUCGUGUCGAACAAAUGAAGUGAUAGUUCAAACUAAGAGAGUAUCUUCCAAUACACUCCAGCACCAAAGCACUGACAGAGCUAGCAGAGAACAACUUGAGUUGGGAGCAGACAUCACAUUGCCCAGAUCUGAAUUUAACGAGUUCAAACAAGAUAUCAAGAAUUUAAUCCAAAAGAACCAUCACACAGUCUCGCUCAGACUCAGCCAUUUAGGAAACAGAAUUGAAGGAUUAGAACACAAGAUUGAUGGCAUCCAACAUGUUUGGAACUCGAUGGCUGGAUCCUUUGCAGCGUCUGAACAAAUUGACCCUUCUGGGGAUCCAAACAACAUACAUAUGUCUUUUGAAGAGUCGAAGUCUUCCACAAACCAUCACGAGUUGUUCCAAAAUGGUACUUUCUUGAUGACUGUUGUAGAUGAAAGGCUUCACAGAAGCAGACCAAGAUGGAUACCAUGGUGGAGACUUCAUUCAUUUUACAUACAAGUGGCAUCAGAAACAGGAGAAGAAGACAUUAAAGAGUAAAUCAGAGAGGACUAAGCUUAAUCACUGGAGACUCAAAAAACCCAGAGAGUGUUAGCAGUCUCACUGAGUCAAGAAGUGAUCAUAGCCCACUCAUUCCAAUUCAACGAGGAUUGAG